AAUGUUUAAUUCCCACUGGGGGGAGAUUUGGGGUUCGGACCAGCUUACUGCUGUUUUACUCUCAUUCUAGCUAGUUUGUGAAUUCAGUUAGUUUACAGCAGGUUGGCACCGCAGCGUUUUAGACAGAAUGAUUGGACAGAAAACUAUUAACUCAUUUUUUUCGCCAGUCUCGAAAAAGAGGACUUCUACGGAGUUAAUUGAUUCCGAGGAAGACGCAAACGAGCCGUACAUUAAAAUUAUAAAGAAGAAGCAGAAGGCUUGCGAUGUGGAGACAGAGGAGAGCAGCCCGCGCCCGGCCCCUCUGUCCCCGCAGCAGCUGGACAGGAUCGCCCGCAACAAGAAAGCGGCGCUGGAGAGGCUCACUUCCGCGCAAACUCCGCCCGGGUUCGGCGAGAGCUGGAAGAAAGCGCUGUCGACUGAGUUUGGAAAACCCUACUUCAAACAACUGAUGACUUUUGUUUCUGAUGAGAGGAAACGCCACACAGUGUACCCACCUGCUGAACACGUGUUUACCUGGACACAGAUGUGUAACAUCCGAGAUGUAAAAGUGGUGAUACUUGGCCAGGAUCCAUAUCACGGCCCUAACCAAGCUCAUGGAUUGUGCUUCAGUGUGAAAAGACCAGUGCCUCCUCCCCCCAGCUUGGAGAACAUGUUCAAAGAGCUGAGCUCUGACAUUGAAGGCUUUCAGCACCCUGGACACGGCGAUCUGACUGGAUGGGCCAAACAAGGAGUGCUGUUGCUCAAUGCUGUGUUGACUGUCCGAGCACACCAGGCCAACUCCCACAAAGACAGAGGCUGGGAGAUGUUCACUGACGCCGUGGUGCAGUGGCUCAGCAGAAACCUGGAGGGCCUUGUCUUCAUGCUGUGGGGAUCAUACGCUCAGAAGAAAGGAGCUGCUAUAGACAGAAAGCGCCAUCACGUCCUGCAGGCUGUGCAUCCAUCUCCCCUGUCUGCUCAUCGGGGAUUUUUUGGGUGCAAACACUUCUCGAAGGCCAAUGAGCUGCUACAGAAAUCUGGAAAGUCUCCCAUUGACUGGAAAACACUUUAAAUUGUAGUUUUUCAAGCAUGUUUGUUUACCUACCAACCAAAACCCACCUAUAAGCUUCUUGUUUUUUGGCAUUUUAUUUUUUAGUGUAAGAGUUCACUCUGGCAGUUUGUUUUGUACAGAUUCUCUUUUAAGCAGUUUCCCUUAAACUUCCUGUUGAACUGCAUAUUUUUGCAUAAACUUAACAGUUUCAGUGUUGUAAAUAUGUUUUGUACAUUAUCGUCUUUUUUAGGUUAAAGAUUAAAGUUUCC